AAUAAGGAAAAAAAACAAGCGUAAAACGACCUUGAAGUUGAAGUGCGUACGUCGUAUAGAUCCUGUAUUGUGACUGGCUGGUUGAUGGAGAGUUUGACAUGGAGUUAAAUUUUGUGAUCCAGAAGCCUCAAAACAUCCUACAUAUGUUAGAUCUCCUUGACCAUUGUCCAUCAAGUUUACAGGCAGAAGUGUGGUGUGUAUAUAUUGCUAUGUUAAAGAAGAGUCUGAGAAAUCUACAAGCUUGUACAGAAAUUGGUCUCAUAGAACAUAUUUUGAAACGGUUAUCUUAUGCUGAGGAUAUUGUAGCAGAUUUACUUAUCGAAGUAUUAGGAGUUCUUGCCAGCUACAGCAUCACAGUUAAAGAACUGAAACUCUUAGUUGGAAGUAUGAAAGCAGAAAAAGGCUACUGGCCCAGACAAUCUGUGAAGUUGCUGUCAGUGUUACGCCAAUUACCAAUAAGACAGUGUCCAGACACUUUCUUCAGCUUCUCUGGAAAGAAGGGUGCAGCAGUAGCACUACCACCACUGGCUCGUUGGCCUUACCAGAAUGGAUGGACAUUUAGCACAUGGUUUAGACUAGAUCCAGUGAACAGCGUAAACUUUGAGCGAGAAAAACCAUCUCUUUACUGUUUUAGAACAAGUAAGGGAGUUGGCUAUUCAGCUCAUCUUGUUGGAAAUUGUUUAGUCUUCACAUCCAUGAAGAUGAAGGGUAAAGGUUAUCAGCACUGUGUGAAAUAUGAGUUUCAGCCAAGGAAGGUAAGUCAUUCAAGUUCACAGUUUACUAUGUUCUCUUGUGUAUUAUUAAGAGCCUACAUGGAAAAGUUGGAAAUUGUUUAGUAUUCACAUCCAUGAAGAUGAAGGGUAAAGGUUAUCAGCACUGUGUGAAAUAUGAGUUUCAGCCAAGGAAGGUAAGUCAUUCAAGUUCACAGUU